AAAAGAGAAUGCCAUGAUGAUGAAGAAUAAAAUGUCCAUGUUAGCAUCCCACUAUCCACAAUUUCUCCACUACAUCAAAACUGAAUCAAGGCUCAUUCUUUUCUCCUGCUUCUCUUCCUCCUCUCAAUAUUCGCCAUGGAAGACUUCAGAUCAAAAUCCUACGCUUCUAGUCGGACGCAGAUAGAGCCCUACGGCACCCGGGGCCCGCCGUUUCCCUCCUACGAACUUAGGAGCUACAGCAAUUCCCACGCCUCUUCGUUCCCGAACAAGGAGAUGAAACUCAAAAAGGGAAAGAGAUUUUCUUCCUUCAAGGGCGGGUGGUUGAAUGAUCCGGAGUUCCAGAGGAAGAAGAGGGUCGCAGGUUACAAGGCCUAUUCGGUUGAGGGCAAGGUCAAGGGCUCGUUCAGAAAGAGCUUUAGGUGGCUUAAGGAGAGAUAUUCACAGGUCGUGUACGGGUGGUGGUGAUUAUCCGAUCACUGCGGUGAUAUGCUUUUCUUUGAAACUAGAUUGUUUGUGACUUUGUUCAUAUAGGCGGAUUACUUCAGUUUUCUUGGUAUUGUGAUUAGCUGUGGUUGUAUGAUUGGACUUGUUGUGAUCUGGUUCUUAUCUUUAAGAUUGGUUGGAUGCAAUACUUCAAUCUUUUUUCCGUUUCGGGGCUCUUGAAGAUAUCUAUUGCUCAAUAUUAUUACCCUUUUAUUUA